AACGCCAAACCAUUCCGCCGGCGAUUGCCCCGCUCCUCACCAUAAACUCUACUCUGUAAGCUAUCUAUCCCCACCGACGCCUCUCUCCAACCUCCAGCAGACGGCUUUGUUAGUUUAGCAACCUUGUGUGAUAUUCUCUGGUUUUGGGUCGGUUGAAAUCUUUGUAUUGACUUAGAGAUCAAACAAAGGAAAGGUGUGUGCUACAUGGGUUGGCUCUUGAUAAUUUUAUCAUUGACUGUGCUCUGGAUAGCUUCUCUGUGCAAAGUUCUGUUUGCACCUUCCAAGGCUUCUUUCCUAGACAAUGGUCAUUGUUUUAUCAAGAAAAAUGUCUUGCUGGUUAUUGCUCACCCAGAUGAUGAAUCUAUGUUCUUCUCUCCAACAAUAAAUUAUCUGAUAGCGAGAGGGCAUAAUCUUCAUAUACUGUGCUUAUCAGUUGGUAAUGCAGAUGGUAUGGGAAACCUUAGAAAAAAUGAACUCUACCAGGCUUGUGCAGUCCUUAAGGUUCUACUUGAGAAAGUGAGGACUCUAGACCAUCCAGACUUGCAGGAUGGAUUUGGCAAAGUUUGGAACCACAGCUUAGUGGCAAAGAUCAUUGAAGAGGAAAUAUCUGGUGCUGGCAUUGACGUGAUUAUCACUUUUGAUCAAUAUGGUGUUUCGGGUCAUUGUAACCACCGGGAUGUGCAUUAUGGGGUAUGCAAGUACUUUCAUGAUACUUCACGAAGAGAUAUUGAAGCCUGGGAACUAGUCAGUACAAGUUUAUUCCGCAAGUAUAUUGGACCUAUUGAUAUUUGGUUGUCUAAUUUCUACUCCAAGAGAAUCCCAGAAAGGUUGACACAUUGCAUCGUAAAUGAACAUCCAAAGAAGAGCUUCCAUGCAAUGGCACAACACUCGAGCCAAUGGGUUUGGUUCCGCAAGCUUUUUAUAUCGCUUUCCAGUUACACUUAUGUGAACACGCUCAGAAAGAUCGACAAGUAGGCACAUAAAUGUAAAACGUUCAUGGAGGAUACGUCGAUCAUCUGUUCGACAACCUUGGACGUGAAUGUGCAUCUGCUACAUCACCUAAACAUGUUUACAGUUUUUGCUAGCAUCAUGGUGUCAUCACAAUGAGAACUUCAGAACCAGAUAAAUCCCUUGCACAAUAAGUCAUGAGUAGCAUUGCUAUGUCUCUACUCUUUACGGUGCCCAGAGAUGCUAUGCACUGCGCUCGUUCUCUAGAAAUUUGAGGUAAUGAUCCUAUGUUCACUUGUAAAUGCCAUACCUCGGCUUGUUGGUUUUCACUUAUUUUAUGUUGAAACUACUUCUGCUGCUUCUGCAUUAUACCAGAUUUUUCCCCCAAAAAUAUGAUAUCUGGCUCAAAAGGUAAGGACUGUUAUGUAACU